CCCCCUUACUAUUAAAUCUCCCCACUUUGCCCUAAAAAUUAUCACUCAACUAAACACAGUAUCCUUCUCAACAGUCUUCAAGGGGGAGCUAGCUCGACUGGCCGCCCAUGUUGUCGGCCAAACCGAGACCGAGCUCUAGCGACAACCUCCCGCUCUUCACUUCAAACCAGAGCCUCGAGCUGAUGGAGCACCCUCAAAAGUCUAAGCCCAAUGGCUCUCCUUCAUUAGCCGAUCUGUUGAUGAGAGUCGAAGAAAGCCGAAAUGGUCAUUCCAACUCCGACAAAACCAACUCGACUAUGCAUCAUAUUACAAUGGAUGGAGGCCCGGUCCCUAGUCCUGUCUCAGGCUCGGUGCCAGCGGCAGUUCCCUUUGUUCUCGCCUUCAAAAACUUGACUUACAGUGUGAAAGCCCGCCGGCAAAUGGAGCUGCUGUCGCUGUUCUGCCGGGAGAGCUCGCUUGAGUCUCAGGAGGUGAGGACUAAGAUUUUGUUGAAUGAUGUGUCGGGUGAGGCGAGGGAGGGGGAGAUCAUGGCGGUGCUCGGGGCGAGCGGGUCGGGGAAGUCCACCCUGAUUGAUGCCCUGGCUGAUCGGAUUGCCAGGGAGAGCCUGGGCGGGUCAAUCACACUGAACGGGGAAGUCCUCGAGUCGAAGCUGCUGAAGGUGAUCUCAGCGUAUGUCAUGCAGGAUGACCUCCUGUUCCCGAUGCUGACAGUCGAGGAAACGCUCAUGUUUUCGGCCGAGUUCCGGCUCCCUCAGUCCCUUUCCAAGCAGAGGAAGUGGGCCCGAGUCCAGGCCCUGAUCGACCAGCUCGGGCUCCGGAGUGCUGCAAACACCGUGAUCGGGGAUGAGGGCCACAGGGGAGUCUCAGGAGGAGAAAGGAGGCGAGUCUCCAUUGGAAUCGACAUAAUACACGACCCAAUUCUCCUGUUCCUCGACGAACCCACCUCAGGGCUCGACUCCACGAGCGCGUUCAUGGUGGUGAAGGUUCUCCAGCGCAUUGCAAAGAGCGGCAGCAUUGUGAUCAUGUCUAUCCACCAGCCGAGCUACCGCAUCCUGGGCCUGCUCGACCGCCUGAUCUUCCUGUCGCACGGGCAGACCGUGUACGGCGGUCCUCCUACAGGGCUGCCCCAGUUCUUUGCUGAGUUCGGGCACCCAAUCCCUGAGAACGAGAACAAGACCGAGUUUGCCCUCGACCUGAUCAGGGAGCUUGAGGAGAUUCCUGGAGGCACCAAGACCCUCGUCGAGUUCAACAAGUCAUGGCAGACCGUAAACAAUAGCAAUAACAACAGCAACGACAAUGGAGCAUCCACGAAGCUGUCGCUGAAGGAUGCGAUAAGUGCGAGCGUGGCGAAGGGGAAGCUCGUAUCAGGAGCCACCACUGGCAUUGGGGACUCGGGCGGCCUUUCAACUUCGGCAUUGUCGGUGCCAACAUACGCGAACCCGUUCUGGGUGGAGAUGAUGGUGAUAUCAAGAAGGUCGCUAACGAACUCUAGGAGGAUGCCGGAACUGUUCGGGAUAAGGUUCGGAGCGGUGCUGGUGACAGGGAUCAUACUCGCCACGAUAUUCCGGGACCUCGACGACUCACCCAAGGGGGUGCAGGAGCGGCUUGGUUUCUUCGCCUUCGCCAUGUCCACCACCUUCUACACCUGCGCCGAGGCCAUCCCCGUCUUCCUCCAAGAAAGGUAUAUCUUCAUGAGAGAGACCGCAUACAACGCGUACCGCCGGUCCUCAUACGUGCUCGCGCAUGCGAUCAUCUCCCUCCCGUCGCUUCUUGUGCUCUCACUGGCAUUUGCGGCCGUGACCUUCUGGCCAGUGGGCCUGGCGGGAGGGUCCUCGGGGUUCAUGUUUUUCUUCUACGCGGUCCUGGCAUCCUUCUGGGCUGGCAGCUCGUUCGUGACCUUCCUGUCAGGCGUCGUCUCGCACGUGAUGCUCGGGUUCACCAUCGUGGUAGCGAUCCUAGCCUACUUCGUUCUGUUCAGUGGCUUUUUCAUUACCCGGGACCGGAUCCCCCUCUACUGGAUCUGGUUCCAUUACCUCUCUCUCGUGAAGUACCCCUACGAGAGCGUGUUACAGAACGAGUUUGACGACGCAGCCAAAUGCUUUGUGAGGGGGGUGCAAAUGUUCGACAACACACCGUUGGGGGCCGUCCCGACGUCGCUGAAGCUGAAGCUGCUGAAGAACAUGGGGAGUACGCUAGGGAUGAACCUAACGGGGUCCACCUGCGUGACCACGGGCGUAGACAUAUUGAAGAUGCAGGGGAUCACUGACAUUAACAAGUGGAAUUGUCUUUGGAUCACUGUGGCAUGGGGAUUCUUCUUCAGGAUCCUCUUCUACUUCACUCUCCUGCUUGGAAGCAAGAACAAGAGGAAGUGAUUUUAAGAUUAAAAAAAAAAAAACAUUUAUCUUGUUUUUCUUCCCUAAUUUUUGUUCGUCUUAUGGGCAUUCUAAGAAAGUAAUUUGUAGUUGGCUUCAACCCCUUUAUUACGAAAAAAAGAAAAAAAAUUGUAAGUGCAAGUAAAAACAGUUUAUGUAAUUUGAUUAAAAUCAUAUUUAUCUGGGUUCAA